AUGACGUCUGAUACUACUGCUAUUCUGAGAGAGAAUGCAUCUCAUCGUCGUGAUGAUGCGUUACUCGUGGAACGGAAACGAAACGAGAUUCAAAUCUGGGAGCGCGCGUACGAACGCGCGCACGAGAGAAAACCAACCAGAAAAGACGUGGAGGAAAACGAGAGCGUGAGAAAGAUGUACCGAGAGUAUAAAGAACUCGUGGUAUCGAUGACGAGCACAUGCACCACGAAGAGUAUUCAGAACAAGAAGAACAACAACAACGGGAAAGGAGGAGGAGAUUUCGAAAAUUUUCAUCCCACUGCUAAGAAGGAGGAAUACGAAAGCGACGGGGAGGAUGAAGUCAUCGAAGCGACGCCGCCGAGGAAACAACGACACAUAAAACAACAACAGCACAACAAAUCAUCAUCGUUUUUAAAGUCGUCGUCUUUGCCGUCGUCCUUGGUAUCAUCUGCAGAGAAGAAGAAAAACGCCGCGGAAGCCGCCGCGGACGAAGCUUCUCUUUUCGCUUUGAAAGAAGAAGCGAAGAAGAAAACGAAACCGUUACUAGUAGUACCACCAGCACCACCGCCGAGUUUAAUGAUGAGGAUGAAAAGUAAUAACAACAAAGGUAUUAUUGCUGGCGAUUUUUCUUCGUCCUCCUCGUUCGCGACCAUCGCGAAUAAGCAAAAGAAGAAGACAUCAUACGAGCCUUUACUUUGCGAAGAGGACGAGAGAAAUCGAGCGAAGGAAAGAUUCGGCGCAAUGAAGAGACGGGAGAUGCACGCGAUGGAAAACGUCAGUUUAACGAACGCUUUGAAAGAAGACGUCGUCGUCCAGCCGAGGAAGAAGAAGAAGUUGGUUGUUCGAGAAGAACAAAGAGCGGUCGUAGGAACAGCAGCAGCGGCAGCAGAAGAAGAAGAAAUAGAAAUAGAAAAAGAAGACGGAAACUCAGCAGCAAUGAUGAGAGAAGGAAGUAAGAUCAACACAGUAUCGAAAACAGCCGAUGAUAAUGGAGGAGCAAAAACGACGACGACGACAAAACUUCCACCGACGUUUUCACCGCCAAAGAAAACCGCGGCGCAAAUCCGGGCGGAGCACGCGAAAGAAGUCGGCGUCGCCAAGAAAACGGCAAAAUUCCGAGGCGUGAGCGAACACUCGCGACGCAAGACGUACAAAGCGCCAAGACGGAGAGCGGGUAGUGCUAAACGCGCGCCAAAAGUGUACACGCGCGACGCCGCUCGAAGUGGUGGCUCGAAACACCUCAACGCGGAAAGGAGAGAGCGAAACGCAAAAGGCAAAACCGGGAAAUUUUCCGUCGGCGAGGGCGACGAUGAUUUGUAUAGCAGUAAAAGCAAAUACGACGAUAGUAACGACGAGGACGACAUCGAAAGGAAUAAGCUGGACGCUCUGGCCGCGGAAAAACGCAAAAGAUUAGAGGAGUUGAACGACGACACUUUGCAAAAAUACAUCGCGGAUGUUCGCGAGUGCCUCUCUUUCGUUGCCGAGAAGAAAGGAGUACAAAGUAUGGACGAUACGAACGACGACGACGACAACGACGACGACGAAACAGCGGUAUUGAAAGAGAAACUGCGCUUGGUUUUAGAGCGUGGAUUUGGGUUUCCGGUGUUUAAACCUGGACAAAUAGACGUGAUUUUACGCGUCUUGAGAGGCGCGAACACGUUAGCGUUGUUGCCCACGGGCGCCGGGAAGUCUCUGACGUACCAACUUCCGGCGUUGCUGUUACCUGGGAUCACUUUAGUUAUUUCGCCUUUACUUGCAUUAAUGUCCGAUCAAAUGCGCGGUUUACCGCCGGCUUUAAAAGGCGCGUGUUUACGUUCGGACGCGUCCUACGAAAAGACGGAGGAAACGCUAGAGGAGGUGAAAAGCGGUAACGUUUCGAUUUUAUUCGUUUCUCCGGAAAGACUAUUGAACGAGAAGUUCUUGUGUGCGCUGCGUGAAUGCCCGAACGGAGUAAGUUUAGCGUGCAUCGACGAGGCGCAUUGCGUCUCGGAAUGGUCGCAUAACUUUCGACCGGCGUAUCAUCGACUCGGCUCGAUUUUGUUCAAUCGAGUGAUGAGGAGUGGGAUGAACAACAACAACAACAAUGGUAAAAUGUUCCCAGUGCUAGCGCUCACAGCGACGGCGACGAAGAAGACGGAGAUGAGCUUACGCGAGACUUUGAAUAUUGCCCCCGAGAACGCGCUCAGAAACGAUGCCAUUCGCGAUAACUUGUCCUUAUCGGUUAUCCGCGUGCCGUCGUGCUCGCGAAAUUCAACGCUUUUACACUUCUUGCAAAAAGAUCAUCCGAAAGGAGCGGCAAUAGUGUACGUUGCGUUCAAAAACGAAGCAGAAUCAGUUGCGAAUUACUUGAAGGUUCAGGGCGUGGUCGCUCGUCCCUAUCACGCCGGUCUCGAUAAAAGUGAACGCCACAGAACGCAAAUGCAGUUUCAAGAGAACAAAGUUCGCGUGAUUGUUGCGACGGUUGCUUUUGGCAUGGGUUUAGAUAAACCGGACGUUCGAUAUGUGAUAAACUACGCGUUGCCGAGGUCGCCGGAAGCGUACAUUCAACAGUGCGGCAGAGCCGGUCGAGACGGAAACGAAGCGCAUUGCUUGACUUUUUUGGAUCCGGAAGAUUAUUUACGGUCGCGGUCGUUGACGCACGCGGACGGGUGCGAUGUCACGAGCAUUCGAGAUCUCAUGGAAAUUGUAUUUCUCGGCAACGGCGACGUUUUGAAACCGAAGACGACGCAGAAAAAGAAGAAAAAGCAGGUAAGUGAAGAAGUCUUCAGGGACGAGGACGACGAUAUUGAGAAAAGGAAGACGGAUUACGACGCUUACGGUAAUUGGAUACCGAAGCUCGGGCGUAUAAAACCGGAUGUCAUCGCACCAGUCAUUGACGUAAAACUCGAGGCAAUAGAAACAGCGUUAUCGUGCCUGGAAUUGUGGGGCCGGGACGCGCAGUCGAUAACAUCUCCGGGUUCUCGCGACGUAAAAUUGGACGAGGAGUAUUCAAAUUUACUGCGCGUGCUCCCAGAUUUCCGCUCUACGUGCGAAAUACGCUUCUUCGGCCGCGAUCCGAAAGAGAUUGCAAAGCAAAGCACGCUCGUAGAUGCUAUUCUGAAGCUCUGCCCGGAGCCAAAAGCGGACGGUGCGAGAAUCUUUGACAUUUGCAAAGCGGCAUUUCUAUCCAACUGUUCUCUCGAUGAUGUCGCGUUCCAGUUGAAAGCUUUGCGAGAUAAUAGAGAAGCGGGAUACGAAAUUCGCGACCGAGCGCUUGGUUUCGAGAUUUUACGAGAUCCACCGAAAGGGGAUAAAUUGCGCAAACUAGCGUUUGAUUUAACCAAGCGCUUGGAUGCAGUAGAGAAAGGUAGCGUUGGUAAACUGGAUGCGUUGUAUGCGGCGUUGGAUUACGCCGCGGAUGCAGAAGCGGACGACGUGCAAGGCGCUCGAUUACGCGAAAGUUUGAAGUGGUACUUGAACGCAAGCGAAGAGGAGGGGGAGGAGGAGGAGGUAGAAAGAGUUGAAGAAGAUCCGAACGGAGGAGAAGAAGACGUGCCGGUUCGCAGGGUUGCCGAGGGAGCAAAACGCCCGAAGUGCGUGUUAACGGAAAAGCGGAUGCUCGUCGCCGACAUUCGCGAAAUACUCACGCAUCGCAGAGACGGUAAAGUCGGUGGCGCCGGUAUGCUUCGCGCUCGCGCCGUCGCGCGCAUUUUACACGGUAUAGGGUCCCCGAAGUACCCAGCCGCGGAAUGGCGAAGAGGUAGUUCCGCACAUCUGUGGGAGCGCCAUCGAGACGUCGAUUUCUAUACCGUCGUUGAAAUGUGCAACGCCGAGAUCUUGCGCGUAAGAGGCGUGGUGCCUACGAGCGAUACUAAGAAUAGCGAGUAG